UUGGAGACAUGGAGGCCGGAGAGGAGAUGCAAUUGGUGGGCACCAGCCACACGGAGCAAAAGGCCACGGCGCCUGAAGCCCCGAGCCCUCCCAGCACAGAUGUUAGCUCACCCCCACCGCCACCGACCCCCACAUCCCCAGGAGGCCCCAAGGAGCUGGAAGGACAGGAACCGGAACCCAGGCCCACGGAGGAAGAGCCGGGCAGUCCCUGGAGCGGGCCAGACGAGCUGGAGCCGGUGGUGCAGGAUGGGCAGAGGCGUGUACGGGCCCGACUCAGCCUCGCCAUGGGCCUGUCCUGGGGCCCGUUCCACGGGAGUGUCCAGACCGGAGCCUCGUCGCCCGGGCAGGUGGAGCCGAGCCCAGCCCUGACCCUGCUGCUGGUGGACGAAGCCUGCUGGCUGAGGACGCUGCCCCAGGCCCUGACCGAGGCCGAGGCCAACACAGAGAUCCACAGGAAGGAUGACGCGCUCUGGUGUAGGGUCACCAAGCCGGUGCCCGCAGGGGGACUCUUGAGCGUGCUCCUCACGGCCGAGCCCCGCAGCACCCCCAGCCACCCUGUGAAGAAGGAGCCAGCAGAGCCCACGUGCCCAGCCCCUGCACACGACCUCCAGCUCCUGCCCCAGCAGGCCGGGAUGGCCUCCAUCCUUGCCACCGCAGUGAUCAACAAAGACGUCUUCCCCUGCAAGGACUGUGGCAUCUGGUACCGCAGCGAGCGCAACCUGCAGGCGCACCUGCUCUACUACUGUGCCAGCCGCCAGGGCGCCGGCUCCCCGGCCGCAGCUGCUACAGACGAGAAGCCCAAGGAGACCUACCCCAACGAACGCGUCUGCCCCUUCCCCCAGUGCCGCAAGAGCUGCCCCAGCGCCAGCUCCCUGGAGAUCCAUAUGCGCAGCCACAGCGGAGAGCGGCCCUUCGUGUGCCUGAUCUGCCUGUCGGCCUUCACCACCAAGGCCAACUGCGAGCGGCACCUCAAGGUGCACACGGACACGCUGAGCGGUGUCUGCCACAGCUGUGGCUUCAUCUCCACCACAAGGGACAUCCUCUACAGCCACCUGGUCACCAACCACAUGGUCUGCCAGCCAGGCUCCAAGGGUGAGAUCUACUCGCCAGGGGCCGGACACCCAGCAACCAAGCUGCCCCCAGCUCCCCUGCUCAAAAACCUGCACUGCUUCCCCUUGCUCUUCAAUGGGGCAGUCACUACCUUCUUGGCAAGUGCCCUAAGGGCUGAGUCACUGUCACAGGGUUCUGCUAGUGAGAGCAGCUCGCACCGCUGCAGCCCCUGGACGUCCCAGGCUGUGGACGCGCCCGGGGGACGCCGCGCUGAGCAGGACACCGGACAGGUCCCCUUGCUGGCGCUGCUCGCGUUGAACCGCGCGGGGAGCCAGGCAGCCCGUGGGAAAGGUCAGCCCUUGCUGUUUCUGGGCUCUUCGGAGAACUUUGAGCUCUUCAUGAGCCUCCUGGAACUUGCGCCGCAGCUUCAGAGUGUGCACAGGUUGGACGUGGUGAUUGCCCCAAGACGCGCGCCGGUCUCUUAG